AUGUCUCAUAAUAUAAACGUAUGGGUCAAAAUUGCAGGCCACCCUGCUGUUGCAGCAUCAGGCCGGUGGCUGGAUGGUAUUCGAAAAUGGUAUUCCAAUGCUGCAGGGUUCAAUAAACUGGGGUUAAUGAGAGAUGAUAUAAUAGCUGAGAAUGAAGAUGUAAAAGAGGCCAUAAGAAGGCUUCCUGAGAACCUUUAUAAUGACAGGGUGUUUCACAUUAAGAGAGCACUGGACCUGAGCAUGAGACAGCAGAUCUUGCCUGAAGAGCAGUGGACAAAAUAUGAGGAGGAUAAAUUCUAUUUUGAACCAUAUCUGAAAGAAGUUAUUCAGGAAAUGAAAGAGAGAGAAGAAUGGGCAAAGAAAUAA